AUGCCUGUGCCUGACCUUGAAGAAGUUCAACCACAACCAGAAUCUGUUGGGUCAGGUGCUGCUACUGCUGCCUCAGCCUCAUCUGCUAUAGAUAUCCCCUCCCUAAUUGAGAGAGCCAUAGCAAAACUACCUCCAGACCUUGCUGCUCAAGCUGUUGACAAAAAGAGGAAGGCAAGAAGUCAAGAUCCAGGAUGGCAGUAUGGGUGGUGGCCAGAUCCUUCCAAGAAAGAUUUUGUGCAAUGCAUUUUUUGCAAGAAGGUAGUCCCUUCUGGAAUAACAGCGGAUGAAGAUGGUGAAGUUGAAGAGGAAGAUGUUCCUGCUGCAGAGGAAGACGUUGCUGCUGCAGCUGUACCAGUACCAAGUUCUGGAACAAAAGGUAAACAAGCCAAGAAGAAGAUUGCUCAAGCUCCCAUCACUACUUUCACUGUUACUGCUGCAGCAAAACCUGCAACUCAAAAACAGUCCAAGCCAGUGAGUUCCAUGCUUUGCAAGUCACCAGAGGAGGUAGUUUCAGAGAGGUACAAAUCCAAGCUAACUCAACCUACACUUGAGCACUGCACAAAGAGAAGUAAGGAGGCCAAACAAAUUGUUGAUGAUCAUGUUGCAGACUUCUUUUAUGAGAAUCGCCUUCCAUUGAAUGUGAUUAAUUCAAGAAGCUGGGAAGUCUUGCUAGAGUCAAUUGGACAAUACGGUCCAGGUUACCGCUCACCAUCAUAUCAUGAGAUUAGGAAUCCGCUGCUAGAAAAAGCUGUGAAUAGAACAUCGGAGUUGAGGAAGAAGCAUGAGCAGGCUUGGAAGGAAUAUGGCUACAGCAUAAUGUCUGAUGGGUGGACUGACACAAGCCAUCGCCAUCUGAUAAAUUUCCUUGCUAACAGUCCAGCAGGGACUUUCUUUCUAGGGUCUGUUGAUGCUUCAAGUGAGAUAGCAAAUGCACCUAUGUUGGCUGACUUGUUAGAGAAGCAAAUAGAUAAGGUUGGGAAAGAACAUGUGGUGCAACUUGUCACUGACAAUGGAGCCAAUUUUAAGCUAGCAGGGAGGCUUUUAAUGGAGAGGAUCCCUCAUCUAUUUUGGACACCAUGUGCAGCCCAUUGCUUGGAUUUGUUGCUGGAGGAUAUUGGGAAGAUCAAGGAAUUCAUCACUUGCAUAAACAUGGCAAAGAAGGUGACCAGAUUCGUGUACAAGCAUGGGAGGGUUCUAGACCUAAUGCGAGAUAAAAUUGGAGGAGAUCUUGUGAGGCCAGGUGUAACUCGCUUUGCCACUUCAUUCCUCACAUUGGCAAGCAUGCAUAGGCAUAAGAAUGCAUUGAGGAGUUUAGUGGUUUGUGAUGAAUGGCAUAACCUCAGCUUUUCAGCUACUCAAGAAGGCCGGCGCGUUGAGAACAUUAUCCUUUCAGCGCCAUUUUGGAGCAAAGUGGAAUUAUGCCUAAAAGCUUCACAACCACUUCUUAUUGCUCUGAGGAUAGCUAAUGGAGAUGAGACACCAGCAGCUCCUGAGAUUAUGGCAGCCAUGGAAGUGGCGAAGGCCACAAUUAAGGAAUCUUUGAAAGGAAAACCAACUCUACUCAACGAAGUACUAAAAUACUAUGACAAUCGAUGGGAAAACCAAAUGGAGCAGGACCUGUAUGGAGCAGCCCUAUACUUGAAUCCAAACAAGUUUUUUGCCAUAAAAGAAAAAGAUAGGAGACAAGCCCACAGGCUGAGGAUCAUGUUUAAUAAAGUUUUGUGGAAGAUGGUGAGUGAAGAGGAGGAACAGAACAAGAUAAGCAUGCAGGAAGAUGACUAUGAGAGGGCUGAAGGUGAAUCCUUCUCAAUGCCAAUGGCAAUAAGAGACAGGGAGAGAAAAAAUCCUAUUCUCUGGUGGAGAGCAUAUAGUGGCCUAACAUAUGAGCUCCAAUGCUUGGCAAAAAGGAUUGUUAGCCUUUGUUGUAGUGCAUCUGGAUGCGAACGUAAUUGGAGUGAAUUUUCAGCUGUCCAUACAAAAAAAAGAAACAGGUUAGAGCAUCAAAGGCUAAAUAAGCUGGUUUAUGUGAGCUACAACCGAAAGAUGGAAAAUAGAUUUAGGAAAAUUAGAGAGCUAGGUUCUAAAGGAAAGAGAAGCAACCCACUUUUGCUUGAAGAAUUCCAAUGGGAAAAUGAAUGGGUCAAUGACAAUUGUGAAGUUGCUCAAGAAGGUGGUGGCAGUGGCAAUGAUAUCACUUGGGCUCAAGUGGAUGAAGCUGUUGGUGCAACUCAGAGUCUACAGGGACGUGGCCUGCCUAGGGCUGCUGCUGCUCGUGCUGUGGGUCAGACGACUCAGACUUAUGUUAGGCACAGGAAGCGUGCAAGGAAUACAGUGACCCAAGAUAUUGAAGAAGAUGACGAUGAACUCCAAGAAGAUAAUGCAGAAUUAGAUUCAGCAACAGUAGUGGAGGAGGAUGAAGGUUCUGCACCUGGAGGUGGAGGUGGAGAUGAAGAUGGACAUGGAGGCUUCGAUUUGGUUAAUGAUUUGCUUGAUUAG